CUCUGCUCAUCCCUGUCCUCACCAGAGUGUUGGUGCUGCCCACAGUGUUGUCCGGCAUCCCUGGAAGAGGAGGUGCAUUCAAACUUGGAGAAGCGAGCAAGGGGAGAGGCCCAUUUGCCUGCGUGUGGUGAGCCUGUGUGUCUUACUGGUUGCCUUGUGCUCUUUCAGCAAGCGCAGUAAGGAACCUCGCCAGACCUGGAGCUCAUCUGAAAUACAUUAAGCCCUGGAGAAGAAGGAUCCUCUGUAAUCCAGCUGCGUUGACGCUUCACGGAGGGUUCCUAUUCGCUGUCAGACGUACACCCAUACAUGUAGCAGCAGCUCCUCGGAGAGACCGUGUCUCAAGUCAAAAUAUUUUCCAGAGGGCAAGUCUGCAGAGAGAGAGAGAGAAGGAGCGAUCAAGGCGCUUCAAGAAGUCCGUGCUUUCUCCAUAUUAACUUGGGGGCUCUAAGUGAUCAGCGUGGCGACUGUUGGCAAAGGGGAAGAUCCAGGCUUCAGACGUAAGCCCUGUCGUCCCUCUCGCCAUCUGCAGAGGAAGUUUCAAGGACAAGUGAUCAGUGUUCACAUAAAUACAGGAAGCACCUGAAGGUUUUCCAAGGAAAUACAGCUCCAAACAACAGACAUUGAUUUUUGUAAGCGGCUCCCUGUCUUCACGUUAGUCGAACAACAUGUCACGCUGGGGGAGAAAGAAUGUGAAGAAGACGCCAGAGGUGAUCCGCACCGUCACAGAAGGGCUCAAGUCCUUGUAUCGUAAGAAGCUGCUGCCUCUGGAGGAGUACUAUGGUUUCCAUGACUUCCACUCUCUCAGCCUGGAGGAUGCCGACUUUGAUAAUAAGCCUAUGGUGCUGGUGGUGGGACAGUACUCUACUGGAAAGACCACGUUCAUCAAGUAUCUACUGGAGCAGGAUAUCCCUGGGAGCAGGGUAGGACCUGAACCCACCACUGACUGCUUCACUGCCAUCAUGCAUGGGGAGGUGGAGGGAGUCAUCCCCGGGAACGCUCUUAUCGUAGACCCCAACAAGCCUUUCCGCAAACUCAACCCUUUUGGAAACACGUUUCUCAACAGGUUCCAGUGCGCCCAGAUCCCCAACCAGGUCCUGGAGAGCAUCAGCAUUAUUGACACGCCGGGGAUCCUGUCCGGUGCUAAGCAGAGAGUGAGCCGAGGCUAUGACUUCCCGGCGGUGCUGCGCUGGUUUGCGGAGCGCGUGGACCGCAUCAUCCUGCUGUUCGACGCCCACAAACUGGAGAUAUCGGACGAGUUCUCCGAGGCCAUCGGCGCCCUGAAGGGCAACGAGGACAAGCUGCGCGUGGUGCUCAACAAGGCAGACAUGGUGGGCACCCAGCAGCUGAUGAGAGUGUACGGUGCACUCAUGUGGUCCCUGGGGAAGGUGUUCGGCACCCCAGAGGUUCUGCGCGUCUACAUUGGCUCCUUCUGGUCCGAGCCACUGAUGGUUGCAGACAACCGGAAGCUGUUUGAGCUGGAGGAGGAGGAUCUGUUCGCUGACAUCCAAAACCUUCCUCGCAAUGCAGCUCUGCGCAAGCUCAACGACCUGGUCAAGAGGGCACGUCUUGUUCGGGUCCAUGCCCACAUCAUCAGCUACCUGAAGCAGGAGAUGCCUUCUGUCUUCAGGAAGGACAAUAAAAAGAAGAAUCUGAUCUACCAGCUUCCAGUGAUUUUCUCUAAGAUCCAGCUGCAGCACAACAUUUCUGCUGGCGACUUCCCAGAUUGUGCUAAAAUGCAGGAGCAACUUAUGGUUCAUGAUUUCACCAAGUUCAAAACCUUGAAGCCGAACCUGAUGACGGCCUUGGAUGAAAUGCUCUCCGCUGACAUCGCCAAGCUGAUGCCUCUCCUGCGGCAGGAGGAGAUCGAUGCAGGCGAGCAACUAGGUGUGCAGGGCGGAGCCUUCAUUGGGACCCGGGCCGGACCGUUCGGAGAGGGUGACCCCUUUACGCAGGAGAACGGAGAAGGAUGUGAGGAGGAGGAGGACUGGGUGGUGACCAAAGACAAGCCCAAAUAUGAUGAAAUCUUCUACAACCUCGCUCCCAAUGAGGGCAAGCUGAGCGGCAACAAGGCUAAGGACUGGAUGGAGAGCUCCCGCCUGCCCAACUCGGUGCUGGGGCGCAUCUGGAAGCUGUCGGAUGUGGACCACGACGGCAUGCUGGAUGAUGAAGAAUUUGCCCUGGCCGGCCACCUGAUUGAGGUGAAGCUGGAGGGCCAUGGUCUGCCCCCUGAGCUUCCCACACGUCUGAUCCCGCCCUCCAAGCGCAGGCAGAAGGGCUCUGAUGCAUAGACAUGUCACAAAGUCCCGGGAGCUGAGAGAGACUCUUCUCUAUUGGCUGUGCUACUGUUUGUAUUUGCUCGUUUUCCCCCCAGACCCAAGUCCAAAUGUUUGUUUGUAAUGCGUUCAACUUCUCCUCCGAGAAUGAUUUUGGCCUUGCACAAUGGAACAUACUGUAUUAAAGGUUAAGUCAAUCCUUUGAGACUGACUGCAAAAGAUUGCGUAUUAAGCAAUCACGGGUCUGGUUACUUCUUCCCUUUGGCUCCUCAAAGUUAGCUUUUUACGAUGAGUUCUUCAAAUAUAUCUACUUGUGUUUGCAUAGCAUAAUUAAUUAAUCCUUCAAAUAAAACAUUCCUUCAGUGACUAGAUUAGAGUGGCACAGUAUUGAUAAUAUGUAGGAUUUUACUAUUUUCAGGUCUGGGCAUUUCAGAGAGAAUGACCACACUUGAAAAUGAUUUGUUUAUAACAUUUUCAACUCAAACUGGCAGCACAAGUCUAAUAACCUGAAUGCAUUUCACUCUUUGAUGCUUUACACGCCACAGUUUUGUGCAUCAACGUUAUACAUUAUUUUUGUAAUGGUUGCUGUUGUUUUUAUGUGCCGGAGCUAGACAUCAGUUGUGUAAAAGAACAUGACAUGCUGAGAUUAACUUUUGACUCAUCUAUUACUGACUACUGUACACAACUCCUACCAAUGUUCUUACGUUAACUUUUAUUGUAACCAAAUAAAAUUCCCUGACUGUG